AUUUCGAGGCUGACGGUUGGCCUUGACACCGCGUUUGCGCUCCCGCCAAGGCAUCUGGAAUUCAAACCGAGUGUCAUGGAGGCUUACCGAGGUUUGGCGGAAGCUGAGACCUUGAGCUCAGAACAGGCUGCCCGUUAUCUGAGAUAUGUGAAAGAGGCCAAAGAAGCAACUAAGAAUGGAGAUCUGGAGGAAGCACUUAAGCUUUUCAGUUUUGCAAAGGACAUUUUUCCCAAUGAAAAGCUAAUGAGCAGAAUCCAGAAACUACAGGAAGCCUUGGAAGAGUUGGAAGAACAUGAAGAUGAUGAAUUUACAGAUGUGUGCAACUCUGGCCUGCUACUUUAUCGAGAACUGUACAACCAACUAUUUGAGCACCAGAAGGAAGGUGUAGCUUUCCUCUACAGUCUAUACAAGGAUAAAAGAAAAGGAGGUAUCUUGGCAGAUGAUAUGGGAUUGGGGAAGACUGUUCAAAUUAUUGCUUUUCUCUCUGGUAUGUUUGAUGCUUCACUUGUGAAUCAUGCGCUGUUAAUCAUGCCAACCAAUCUCAUCAGCAUGUGGGUAAAAGAAUUUUCUAAAUGGACUCCAGGAAUGAGAGUCAAAACUUUUCACGGCCCUAGCAAGGAUGAACGUACCAGAAGCCUCAACCGGGUUCAGCAAAGGAAUGGUGUUGUUAUCACUACAUAUCAAAUGUUAAUCAACAAUUGGCAGCAGCUUUCAAGCUGUAAUGGCCAAGUAUUUGUGUGGGACUAUGUCAUCCUUGAUGAAGCACAUAAAAUAAAGAGCUCAUCUACUAAAUCAGCAAUAUGUGCUCGUGCUAUCCCCGCAAGUAAUCGCCUCCUCCUCACAGGAACCCCAAUUCAGAAUAAUUUACAGGAACUAUGGUCCCUAUUUGACUUUGCUUGCCAAGGAUCCCUGCUAGGAACAUUAAAAACUUUUAAAAUGGAGUAUGAAAAUCCUAUUGUUAGAGCAAGAGAGAAGGAUGCUACUCCAGGGGAAAAAGCCUUGGGACUUAAGAUAUCUGAAAACUUGAUGGAAAUAAUAAAACCCUAUUUUCUCAGGAGGACUAAAGAAGAAGUACAGAAGACAAAGUCAAACAUCCCAGAGGUCAGACCCACUGAAAAGAAUUCAGGUGUUGAUGCCAUCUGUGAAAUGCCUUCUCUUUCCAGGAAAAAUGAUUUAAUUAUUUGGAUACGUCUUGUACCUUUACAAGAAGAAAUAUACAGGAAAUUUGUGUCUUUAGAUCACAUCAAGGAGUUGUUAAUGGAGACACGCUCACCCUUGGCUGAGUUAGGAGUCUUAAAGAAGUUGUGUGAUCAUCCUAGGCUUCUGUCUACACGGGUUUGUCAUUUGCUGCAUCUAGGGACUGCCAAAAUCUCUGGUCAAGAUGGAAAUGAGGAAGAUUCCUCAGAUGUGGAUGCCAUUGCUCAUGUAACUGAUGAUACACUGAUGGAAGAAUCUGGAAAAAUGAUAUUCUUAAUUGACUUGCUGAAGAGACUGCGAGAUGAAGGGCAUCAAACUCUAGUAUUUUCUCAAUCAAGACAAAUUCUAAACAUCAUUGAACGCCUCUUAAGGAAUAAACAUUUUAAGAUAUUGCGAAUUGAUGGCACAGUUACUCAUCUUUUGGAACGAGAAAAAAGGAUUAACUUAUUCCAGCAAAAUAAAGAUUAUUCUGUUUUUCUGCUUACCACUCAAGUCGGUGGUGUUGGCUUAACAUUAACUGCAGCAACUAGAGUGGUCAUUUUUGACCCUAGCUGGAAUCCCGCAACUGAUGCUCAAGCUGUGGAUAGGGUUUACCGAAUUGGACAAAAAGAAAAUGUUGUGGUUUAUAGGCUAAUCACUUGUGGGACUGUAGAGGAAAAAAUAUACAGAAGACAGGUUUUCAAGGGCUCAUUAAUCAGACAAACUACUGGUGAUAAGAAGAAUCCAUACCGCUAUUUCAAUAAACAAGAAUUAAGAGAGCUCUUUACAGUUGAGGAUCUCCAGAACUCUGCAACUCAGUUGCAGCUUCAGUCACUGCAUGCUGCUCAAAGGAGAUCUGAUAAGACCCUAGAUGAACACAUUACCUACCUACACUCUCUGGGAAUAGCUGGAAUCUCAGACCAUGAUUUGAUAUAUACACGUGAUCUGUCUGUUAAAGAAGAGCUCGAUGUGAUAGAAGAAUCUCAGUAUAUUCAGCAAAGAGUUCAGAAAGCUCAAUUCCUUGUUGAAUUCGAGUCUCAAAAUACAGUGGAAAAACAAAGAACUGGAAAUGAGGGGGCCUGGCCAACAGCACCUUUGUUUUUUUCUCAAACAAAGAAGAAAUGCCCUGAAUUGAAGAAACCACAACACUGGCCUUCAUCUCUUACAACUACUCAUCCUACCCAGGAAGGAGUUAUCAGUUUUCAAAUGGCAAAUUUAAGCAUUGAGGAUCAAGACUUCUCCAGUGUAAAGAUGCAUAUGACCAUGCUACAAGAUAGUAUGCAUUCAUGUGAAAAUACAUUUCAUACUGACUCUGUAGCUACAUUAACCAAGGAGUUUGGAAGUGUAGAAGAAAUCUGGACUGCCUCAUUACAGGGAACCGCAAAAAGCUUUGCGGUUGAAAACGAGGCUCUGCAAAAAAAGUCAUUACAAGAAGAGCCUGAGCAAGAGGCACUGCAAGAGAACCCCUUGGGAAGUUUUAAUUAUUUAGCUAGCCAAUCAGUCAAAGCUGAUCUUGCACCAAAUCUAGAUCUACAGGAUGAUAAGAUUUUCGAUCACUAUAGUAUCUGGCCCAGCAAUCCCAUAACAAAUGAAAAUCAAAACACAAAAUCAAAUGUAUCUGUUAUUGAAAUAUCUAAUGAAUUGUCAGCAUCCCAUAGUGUACUGCAGGGUGCCCAAGCAAAUGAGGCCAAGUCAGAAGGGGAACCUGUAGCAUCUUUGCCUCAGUAUGCUUGCGACUUCAAUCUUUUCCUGGAAGACUCUGCAGACAAUACACAAAAUCUCUCCACUCAGUCUUUGGAGUAUGUUGAGAAAGAAAAUAGCUUGUGUGGCUCUGCAGCUAACUGUAGUGCAGAGUCUGUGCACAGCAAUUUGGAUUCUUCUAAGAAAGACAAUGACCCAGAAGAAGUGGUAGUUAAUGUUAAAAACAGAAGCAAAGCUAGAAGGAUCGUUUCAGAUGAUGAAGAUGAAGAUGAUUCUUUUAAAGGUACUUCAAGCAUAAGUCCAUUCAGCACGUCUCUCUAUCAUUUCUCAUCUGUGAAACAAUUUGAUGCUUCUACUCCCAAAGAUGACAGUCUACCUGGAAGAUUCUUUUCACCCAAAAUAUCUGAUAGUAUAAAUAAGUCUGUAAACCCUAGGAGAUCUCUAGCUUCUAGAAGGUCUCUGAUUAAUGUGGUUUUAGACCAUGUGGAGGAUAUGGAGGAAAGACUUGACAACAGUAAAGCAGAGGGCACUGGAGAUGAUCUGAAGGAAGGAGCAGAAGAAAGCAGUGACAAAGCUUCAGAGCAUACAGAAGAUCCUUCUGGAGAAAGGCCAUCUGCAGAAAAUAAGUCUGGUGGGCUAACUGUGUCUAAGCCACUAGACUCCAGCCUACCAACCUCUCCUGGUUCUCCUGACCCUUUGUCUGCUGGGCUCGUGGUUGAUUCUCCCCAAGAUAAGGCAAUGGAAGCUGCAAAUGAUUAUGAGACUCUUAUAACUCAAGGAAAAGAACUGAAACAGUGUGGGAAAAUACAGGAGGCCUUAAACUGCCUAGUUAAAGCGCUUGAUAUAAAAAGUUCUGAUCCUGAAGUCAUGCUUAUGACUUUGAGUUUGUAUAAGCAACUUAGCAACACUUGAAGUUGUGAUCUAUUUGUUGUGGUUUUGUGGGGGUUUUGUUUGUCUUUUGAGAUAGAGUCCUACUAUAACUUGAUUUAGUCUCCUGAGUUCUGCAUUACAGGUGUGCAUCAUGCCCAUUUGUUUAUUGCAUUUUUAAAGUGGAACCGAAUGAGUCGAUUUUUGUUUCCUUGUGUCCUUUGGCAGCAUGAAGCAUUUGUGCUUAAGCAAGAAAGAUCUCAUAAAGCAAGUUCUGCCUCUGCCUCCUAGCUCCUGUUCCCCCUCCCCCAAUAUAUUAUUUUUCUGAGCAUCAGGUUACUAUUUCUUCACUUGAAUAUUUUUUCUUUUAGGCAUACUAUAAACUUAAGGAACUGUGUCUUUUGGGGGUUUUUUGGUAAUACUAGGUCUUAAAGUCAUUUUUUUUAUGCUGAGACAGGGUCUUGCUAAGUCCCCAUGUUGUCCAGGUUGGGCUCAAACUUGCAGUCUUCGUGCCUCAUCCUCUCAGGGUGCUGGGAUUAUAUGUGUACACCACCACACCCAGCCUGAAGUUUUAGUAAAAUUAUUCUAUUUUACACUAAAAGGGAUUACUUCUGUAUAUCACAAUUCAGAUAAGACAAUUAAAGUUACUUUUCUCAAGUGUUUUCUUUUCCAUUUACUUUCUUUCACUGAGAUGAUACUGGAAAAUGCAUAUGGAAAUACCUUAGUUCAGGCUAGAGCUUGUCAGUACAUUCCAAAUCUAAAACAUCUCCAUUAAGGCUUAUGCUUUCACUUUAACAUAGAAGGUACCUGUGCUAGCUUUCAUUCUCAUUGGUUGCCUGCCCCAGGUCACUUUGCUGACCACUAAUCCAUUCCUCACUCACCAUUACACACACAUUCUCCUUUUCUCCAAACUAGCUAUCUGCUGUCUGUUUUGACAUAGAUCAUCACAUUCUGUCUUUGGGUUGUAAACAGGACAGAAGUUUCAUUUGCACUCGGGAACAUAAAGUACAGCAUAGCACUCUAUUCUGUUGCUAGAAAAAGGGAAUUGCUUAUCAAGUAUCUACUGUGCAUUGGGUGCUUUAUAAGGGCUUAUUAUUUAAUCCUUGCCAUAAUCCUUUAAGAUAGUAGCAUUUUCAUUUUUCAUUUCAGGAAACUUCUAAGGCUCAGUGAGACUGUGACCUGCCCAUGCUGAUAUAAUAAGGCAUGAAAAAUAUUUUUAACCUUGAAUUACAUAAUGAAAAGCCACUAUAAUACACAGCUGCUUUUACUCCUAAUACUUCUGACACCAAAUGUGUAGAGGUUUUCCAAACAAAGCAAUUCUCCAAUUCUCUGGACACCAACCAGUGUCCUAUAAUUCAAUACUGACACUAUCCAGCUGUUAUGGCUUAUUAUCUAGAUGUCCCCCCAAAGCCUCAUGCACUCAUAGGUGGGGCUUUUGGGAGUGACUGUAUCAUGGGCGUCUGAUACUGGAUCUGUCCACUGAUUGGUUUAGCAUAGUUCUGGAUGUGGAUCAUGGAUUCACUGAAGAGGGAAGACCCACCCUGGCUGUGAGUGGAACCAACCAAUAGGCUUAUACAGCCUGGAUGGAAUAAAAAGGGAAUGAAGAAGGAAGUCUGGCUUCUUCCUGUCUACCAUGCCAUGAACUGUUUUCUCCUCUGCUACGCCACCCUGCCUUUGAACCAGCCCGCUAUGGACUGAAACCCUUACAGACUGAGCUAAAAUAAACCUUUUGAGCUGGGGAUUUAGCUCAGUGGUUCCGCCG